AUGGAGGCACGAAGGAAGCAUAAGCUGCCGAUGGAUGACCUCGACUACAACAGCCCGGACGGCAUCAAGAAGAUGAUGAAGUCCGUGACCUAUCACGGUCUCCAGCAAAUUUUGAAGUGGAGGGGAAUCGUGCCGAUGCGCUACUUCAAGAAGCAACACCUGAUGACCGGCGGCCCAGCCGGAAGCGUCACCGGCUACACGCUGAAGCCGUCGGAUGAGGCAGAAGAAACAAACAACGUCUGCAGGCGCUUCCGCGAGAAGAUGAAGGGCCUCUCGCAAGUCAUUGACGACGAAGUGCUACAGGAAGCUAGCCUCGUGAUCUCCACCAACAGGCAGGAUAUCUACGAUGCAGCCGAAGUCUACACGUUCACCUUCCGUUACGGCGAUGAGUCGGCAAUGGAAAUGAGUAACAGCGCUGGCGGAUCUACUGGUGUGGGCGUCGGAGCCAAAUCCGAGGACGUUGCGAAGUUUAUGUUCGACUUGAUGAUCCUCUGCCAAUCUACCAACGCGCUCCCGAACCCGAUUGGGACCCUGCAGCUGCGGCUAGUUGGACCACAGGAACAGCUCAACUUCGCGCUCAACCACUACACUGAGCAGCCGACCCCUUACAAGUUCGACCACCCGCAUGUGCUCGACAACUUCCAACUCGGGCAGUUACGCGCAGAGGGUGCAACGCUUGGUCUAAACCUGCGCAGCUGCCAAGUGACCGACAAAAUCGAAUUGGAGUCCCGGAUGAAACGCCAGCACGAUGAACGGCUCAGCAACGUCAAUUCUACCAUGGGCUCCGUCGACAUCCAGCGAACUAUCGCUCAGUCGCAGUUCGACGGCAUCCAAGUUCUCUCGCCUGCGUUGAAGAAGUUUGCCAUCAGCAACCCAGCCGCCGAUGAUGGCGCGACGACUACCUACACCGGAACGGCCUCCCGUCGCAGCGCCGGCAGCAACGACUCGCAGCCCAAGCAACGCAGCCGCCGCUCGCUGCGUGCCAAA